AUGGUAGAGCCUCGCUUCAGUGGAACGGAGCGGAGGAAUGGAGACUAUCUUGUUGAAAGUCCCGCGGUUGUCCCGCGGUAAGUCCCGCGGUGGUGUUGCGGUGGUGCAGGGUGGUGUGGUUCCGCGAUGAGGCAAAAGAACAAAAGAGUCUCUGGCCGUUAAAAUUCUCCUCUUAAAAGUAUGACCUUGUUGGGGAAGGACGGUUUUGCUCGGGUUUUUCAUCUUCCCUUUCCCUGUGCUCGUUCCCUGCUCCCCGUUCCUCGUUUUACGAUAAACAACCUUUGCUGUUCGCUGCAUUUACACGUGCAAUAGUGAGAGCCAAUCGGGAUACGCUUUUCUAAUCACGAGGAUGCUUCGCGGCGCUAAAUUCAAAUUUAAAAUUCAGUGAUGAUUUCACAGUACGUGAACGAAGAUGGGUUGCGAACAGUUCGGUGGGCUUUACGAUAACAUUUCUCUUCGCAACUCAGUUAUUUUGACUUCUCUCUUUACCUUGCACCCAAAAAUCUGGCUGUGAAAACGAGUUUCGGAUUAAGUGAUGCAAUAACCAGCUAGAAGGUAGGUAGAAGCUGCUUAUGGUUCAGUUAUGGUGCAAUUUGAAGUCACGGCUAACAAAUUCCAAGUAAAAUAGCUUAUAGUUUGACGUUUUUAAUUACUAUGUUUGAUAAUAUUGUCAAUAAUGCAGAUAACUGUUAUCAUUGCAGAAAGUACUACUGGAAAUACACCAUGCAAUUCAACUCAAAGCCGAGAUAAAGCGGACCAUGGAGAUGGUUUCCAAACGCCCACACGUGACAGCGGCAUGGGUAGAAGAAAAAGUCAACCUCCAAAAGGUAAGAGAUGCUCAGUAUUUUUUUUUCAAAUGAGUAACAGAAACUGUGCAAACUCAAGGUUUUUUUUUAUCUUGUUGCUACAGUGAAACCCGGUUUUACGACCACCUCGAUAAUAUAUAGUACGGUCAACUUGUUAUAACAGCCGCUUUUUUUUGUCACGUGGUGGAACGGCCAUACAUUUUCUUGUAAAAAAAACCCUCCUUAAUACGGUCACUCGUUAAUACCGCGGAAUUUUUUGGCUCAUUGGUGACCGUAUUAAGGGGGUUCUACUGUAUUUUAUAUUAAUCUCGUAAGGUAAGAUAAAACAGUGGAUAAAUGUCUAAGCAACCAUUCAGUACCUUUGCUUAAUUAUCUUUAAUUUCAGCAUAACUUUCCAAAAGUAGUCUUAAUGUUAACAACUUGAGAAAUGAGUUGAUUAAGACUCGAACGAAAUUGUACUUUGUGUGCACGUGGCAAUCGUAGGAGGAAAGGGCAACAGUGGACACGCGAGGGCUCCGUCUUUCUCGUGGGGUGAGGGGUGGGGGUUCGUAGUGUUAAUCACGUACCUUCUUUAUUAUUUGGAGAAUGUAAAAGGCGAUACAAAUGCGAAAAUGUUCCAAGACUUCUAUCGAUGAUCAAGUUCUAUAAGUAGCACAGAGUACCAACAAACUUGGAAGCAAUCCCGUAAUUAACAAUAACGUGGUGAGCAGAGUCGAGCCUACCGUAAGUUGACAAGACAAGAUUUUCUCACUGCUGCCACAUGGACAUUAUUUCGUGUACUAAGUGGUAGCUUAAAAUAGUCAAAAACAGUAAAAUUAAUUUAUAAUUCCUAUGCCAUUUAAGGACGGGUGUUUUUUUUUGAGAGAUUCAAGUAUAUACAUGCAUAGUGCUUUGAAUGAGAAAGUUUGACGUUUUUGAAAGUUGGUUGCUUUUGGUAGAAGGUCAAGCACAGAGAUUUGACUGUAGUUUAAUAACGGGGACGGGAUAUCUAGGAAAAUGUCUUUGCCCAGAUCAGAUCUUAUUUCGUCAGUUUUUCGCUGUUAUAGAAGUUUUCAAAUAUAAAGGUUACGAAAAGAAGGAAGAAAUCAUCAGCCAAGGAAAUUAAAUAUAAUCUUUCUACAAAUUACCUUUAGUUAGUUCUUAAAUGUCAUGCAAAUGUAUUGGAAAGGGUUAAGAGAAGAAAGGUGUUGAUGUCGAAGCCUGCUUUUUUUUUGUAAAAUAGGCCUUUUAUUUUUCUCCUGUUUUACGUUUUAAUAUAACACCAUUUCAGUUAUUAUUUCUUUCUUUACAAUUUUCAGCCUUCCGACGUCUACGAGACGAGUUUUUAUCAGGCGGACCACUAGACCAGACCAUUUGCUCAGCAGACCAUAAAUCAGACCAGACUAUUUUCCUCAGGCAGACCAAUAGGCCAAACAUCCCCUCAGACAGACCACCAGACCAGACCAUUUUUCCUAGACAGUCCGCCAGACCAGACAGGCACCUUCGUCUGACCGGCUACCAGUGA